UGAUGGUUUUUAAUUUCAAAAAAUGUUUCUUGUAAAUAGUUAAUUUAAGAAAUUGAAAAAAAAAAUUGCUAUCACUUUAUAUGAGUACUUAUUAGUAAAACCUAAAACAAAAUACCUUGGAUUGCAUUGAUAGUUUGAACAAAAGAAGAGUUAUGCUAUUGUUGCUCGUUAUUGGUAUUUAUUUUCAGGAAUAGUUAGUCCCAUCAUCAGACAAAUAACAUAACACAAUAAAAACACAUUGCGUGAUGAAUCAUAGAUUUACUUUCAUAUGAUAUUCAAUGAAUUUGAAGGGCGCAGGUAGACUAAUAAAUGAUUAUAAUGAAUCAGGAAAAUAUUAAAUACCAUCCAUUUGCAAGUUAUGAAAUCUUUUGAAACGCUUUUCAAAAGUUGAUCACACAAUAUUCGAAGGACAUUGCGUGAUUAAACUUAGACUACAUAAAACUAUAAAAAGUAAUAUUUUACAGUUGAAAACUCAACUUAAAUUCAAUGAAGCAAUUUUAAAAAUGUCAAAUAUAAUGGUUUCAAUAGUUGCAAUUUGUGUCUACCUAGCUGCUUCAGUAGUAAACAGUCAAUCGACAGAAGAACCAGAUGUAACAAUACUGUGCCCGUGUGAUGCAGAUGAUGAAGCAUGCUUCAACGAUUGUAUGAAAGAUUACGCCUUAACAGACUGUCUAUGUGAAGAAAAUGAUGAAGCUUGCAGGGAAAAAUGCCUGGAAUAUGAAAUGGGUAGUGGAAAUUUUAGUAGUUCUGAAGAAGGUAGUUCAGAUGAAGGUAGUUCAGACGAAAGUAGUUCAGACGAAAGUGGUUCCGAAGAAAUUAGUCUCAGCCAAGAAAACGGAUCAAAUCGCCGUAAAAGACAAACUAGUAAUCAGAGAGGUCAACAAGGUCAAGGAGGAGAUCAGCAAGGCCGAGGAGGAAGUCAGCAAGGACAGAGAGACGGACAGCAAGGCCAAGGAGGAGGACAGCAUGGUCAAAGAGGAGGUCAACGAGGGCAGUCAGGUGGGCAGUAAGGACACGGUCAGCGUGGACAGCAAAGCUAAAGCGGUGGACAAAGGAGCGGAUAGUAGGGGCAGCGUAAAUGUCAGCAAAGAUAAAGUGUAUAGCAUAAGACCAACAUUAUUGUUGAAAGAAUAAAAAUGACAUAUUUUGCAAUUUAAAGAAACACCGAACUUCAAUGAAA